UCGCAGGAUCGAUCAGGCCGGCCAGACGCCGCCGCUGACCUCUGACCUGUCACGUGGCGCCGGCCGUUGACCUCUGACCCGCCGCGUGCGUCGGCCGUUGACCUGCGAUCUGAGCGGAGCGCAAGAGUCUCGCCAUGUCCAUCCAGAUGCAGCUCGGCCAGGACCACGAAGUGCUGAGCCAGGACCCGUUCUGCUCCGGCUACGUGGACAGCUUUGGCAAGUGGAACAACGGGUUUGCCUGUCCGAAGCUUGAGGAGGAGCCCGUGUUCUGCUGCGGCACCUCCACCUACCGCUACUGCUGCACCGCCAGGGAUGAGACAGACCCGGAUGUCUUCAGCCAGAGUAUGCCGCUGGUGAUGGGCGUCGUGUUCGGCACCCUCAUCACCGUCGUCCUCGUCAUCACGGCCAUCUGCGUGUUCUGGAAGUCCUGCCGCACUUACAAGAAGCGAAGAAGUGGAGGAGGUCCCAUGUACCGGAUGCAGUCGUCCUCGACCACCAGCGGCGUGGCCAACAUGUACAGCUGCUCGUCAGGCUCGCUGAGCCAUCACGACGGCCGCGGCGGACCGCACGACCUGGAGGACGUUCUGCAGGACGUGGACGAGGUGGCCGUCACCAGGCCGUGUCGGCUCAGCACCAUCAACACCAUCCCCAGGACCUUCACCUCCGACCGCUGUAACAGAGUAUCAUUCGCUGACUCGGUGGGCAACAGCUCGGCGUCGACGACGACCGACAACGAGCGCCAGCUGUUUAUCGAGCAGUCGGGCGGACUACCGCCGCCGUACAAGCAGGACGCGGACCUGCCGCCGGCCGCCGAGGCGCGCCUGCUGCCCUUCCCGCGUUCGUUCUGCGUGCCCGCCGAGCCGCACGAGCUGGACGUCGGCCACUACCAAGUGCCGCGACCCCCCGGCGAUGACGUCCUGUACCGGUCCACCAAGUUCUGA